GGUGAAACUAAUUUAUGCACAGCAAAGGGCGCGAGAACGUCGUGCGGAAGUGACGAGUCCAAACAGAUAGAGAGAGAAAGAGGGGGACAUCAGACAUGGAAUGGAGUGAGAAAAAGGAGGAUUCAGCUUCAGCUUCAGCUUCAUCAAGUUGGGUAGGUGAAGGAUUAGGAGGGUACAACAAUGAGAACGUGAAAAGGGCAAGGCUGAAUUCAACGUUAUCAGCUCUGCUAGACGACCCCAUUCUCGCCGAUGUACCAAAGAAGCCUUCUUUAUCGGAUGUCGACACUCUUAUCAGCUUCGAACUCGGCAGUGCCAUGCGCAUCUCUAUCCUCAAGCUCGACUCCACCUCCUUCGAUGUGGUGGUCAUGAAUUCGGACACUGUCAAGGAUUUGAAGCUGGCUAUUAUCAAGAAAGUCAAUCAAAUGGAACAAUCUCAGAUGGGUCAUCGUCAGAUUUCUUGGAAACAUGUGUGGGCGAAUUAUUGCCUUUUGUAUCAUAAUGAGAAGCUACUCGAUGAAAGUGUUGCUCUUCAGGAAUUUGGCAUACGCAAUAAUUCACAGGUGCAAUUUGUACCUUUCAUUGCAGCAAGGCAACAUCAGAAGCAUAGAAGGAGAAAAAAGCAUCGGUUUUUCCAUGGUUUAAACAAGCUCUCGUAAGGCUAUUGUAUUUAUAACUAGGGCUUGAAAGGAAGCCUUAUGUAACAUGAGUUAAGCGACAUUGUAGGCAAAAUAUGAUACAAAAGCCACACAUUCCUUGCAUAGUUUCAGGAAUUUGGUGUAUACUUUUCUUGCAUACAACUAGGAUAUGUGAAAAAUUAGAAAAUUUAACACCAACAAUCCCAUGUGUCUACUUCUUUAAACAAUUUCAAUUACUUUAUUUUUUAAA